AUGACGGAAACAGUGCCAAACAAGACAUGGGUAUUCCGCGAGGCCCCAACCGAACUACCCAGCUUUGGCAUCAAUACCGUAAUUGAGGACAGACCACUGAGACUAGUACCACCUCCUGGCGGCCUGGUAAUCAAACUCCUUGUCGCCGGACUAGAUCCUCAUCAAAGAGACCGUAUGCGGGGAGCUGGCCACGUGGAUUAUGUUCCUGGUUAUGAGCCCAACGAGCCAAUCACAAACUUCUCGGUAGCCAGGGUAGUUUCGUCCGACAACGACGGCUUUGUGGAGGGUGAUUUGAUCCAGGGCAGUCUGCCGAUCUCAGAGUAUGGGCUGAUCCCUAAAGAACUUAUUGAAGCCAGGGCAAUGGCUUCGCCUCUUAUCUGGAAAGCGACUGGGUCUGAGAACCUAGGCUUCGAGCAUUACGUUGGACCGCUUGGAUUGGCAGGUAUGACAGCUUGGAAUUCAUUCUACGGUCUUGUAAAGCCCGUAAAGGGUGAGACAAUUUGGGUGAAUGCCGCGUCAAGCUCUGUCGGGGAAGUCGUGGUUCAACUGGCAAAGAUGGAAGGGAUGCGGGUAAUUGCAAGUGUGAGCUCGGAUGAAAAGCUGGAUUAUGUCCUGACUGAGCUGGGUGCUGACGCUGGUUUUAAUUACCGACGAGAACCAGUCUCUGCUGCGCUAAGGCGGCUCGCCCCUGACGGAUUAGAUGUGGUUUUCGAGAACGUUGGGGGCGAGCAUUUCCAAGCCGCAAUAGAGAAUAUGAAAUGGUUUGGGCGUAUUAUUAGCUGCGGGAUGGCGUCACAAUACAACCUGCCCAGCGACAAGCAGUACGGAGUAACCAACUUGUCGGAGAUUUUCCGUCGCCGAAUUCAUGUUCAAGGAUUUAUUUUCUGGGACGAGAACAUCUACACGGAUAAUAUCGAGAGUUUCCGCAAUCAAAUGCCCCGCAUGGUUGCAGAGGGAAGGAUCAAAUCAAGAUAUACAUCAUUCCAAGGUAUCGAGCAGGCCAACAAAGCAUUUCUUUCCAUGUUCACUGGAGGAAGUUUCGGUAAGACUAUACUAAGAGUUGCCGAAGUAUGA